AUGUGGAGUUUGCCUCUUCUCUCUCCCACUUCUCAAAUUCUGUCAUCCCUGUCACUUUUGGGUGAUGUGUACUCUCAGAUCUCUCAGCGGGUGGAGACCAGCCGGGCACAGCUUCAGGCAAUUGGUGAGAGAGUGACACUGGCCCAAGCGAAGAUUGAGAAGAUAAAGGGCAGCAAGAAGGCUAUUAAGGUAUUUUCCAGUGCCAAGUAUCCAGCCCCUGAACGGCUGCAGGAGUACAGUUCAAUUUUUGCUGGUGCAGAAGACCCAGCUAAACAGAAAUGGCCAAGACACAGGAUUCAGAGCAAACACCGAGUGCUGGAUGAGAAGGCUCUGCAGGAGAAGCUCAAGUACUUCCCUGUGUGCGUGAGCGCCAAAGUUCACCAGGAGGAUGAUGCAGAAGAAGGCCUUGGCAGCCUCCCCAGGAACAUCAGCUCCCUGAGCUCACUGCUGCUCUUCAACACCACUGAGAACCUGUACAAGAAGUAUGUUUUCCUGGAUCCUCUAGCUGGAGCAGUGUCCAAGACCCAUGUGGCUCUGGAAACAGAGACGGAAGAGAAGCUCUUUGAUGCUCCUCUCUCCAUCACCAAAAGGGGACAACUGGACCGGCAGGUAGCUGAAAAUUACUUCUACGUGCCCGAUCUGGGUCAAGUCCCAGAGAUUGAUGUGCCAUCCUACCUGCCAGACCUGCCUGGCAUCGCUGCAGACCUCAUGUACAGCGCUGACCUAGGCCCCGGCAUCGCGCCGUCCGCCCCGGGCAGCGCCCUGCCAGAGUUGCCCACUUUCAACACCGAGUCGGCGGAGCCCUCGCAGCCAG